CAUUUCUGGCAGGAAGGGAAGAAACAAGCUCCUUGCGGAGUCCUCCUUUGGCUCCUGGCUAGGACCACGCUGGCCUUCCCUUUUCUGGGCUGUCUGUCCUGAGAGGCAGUCUUCUCCUGACCCUUGAUCUCAUGGCCAGUGGGAGAAAGCAGAUAUCAUAUAUCCCUUGGAUAUACUAUCUGAGAGGAACUUGGAGCCCUGUUGUUCUUUUUGGAAGCUAAGAGGCACAGCUGUCCAGUGAAUCAAGAGAUGCACAACUACUGGACCUUGUAGUCAGUGGUUGGCACCAGGCAGUGAAAUGCUGACGAGACGGUGGUUACUGUGAAAUGAAGUUGUUUUUUUUUUAAUUUCUAGGGAAUAGGCUAUAGAAGAGUUUGCCUAUGAAAGAAAGAAGACUAUUCUUGAACACGUCUGCUUUGCCUCUCUUGAGGAGUACCCAAGGCCUUCUUGCUUUUUCAUGAAUGACAUUCUCAUCUCCUCUGCCCUCCUAAAACAGGACUAAUGUUGCCAGAGAGACACAAGAAAGAGAAAAGGAUGCCUGCUGGGCUCACAUAGAAGAAGUGUGGACAUGGCAACUGUUCGGCAAGAGUUUUGGCUCAUGCAAAGUAUCGUUUAAUAUAUGGCUCCCUGCAGGGGGCAGGAUGACACCUGACAUCACAUUGGGGUAAAACUGAUGUGAAGUGAACACCAAAAGCCUCUAGAGUUGAGCAAGGACAAUCUUUCCUGACUAUUUAUUUAGCGGGAGAUGUCUCCUUCUGUUCACCUGCCAUUCCACACAGGAUCACUUGCUCUGUUGCAUUCCAGAACUGAGGCCAUAGAAUGACAAAAGAGCUCAGUACAGGUGAAGUGAACAACUCAUGACCUCCAGGAACAAACUUAGUGGUUCAAAGUGUGAAGAAGUGAUCAUCACCCAGUGUAGUAUUCCUCAACAGAAAUAAAGCAGCAGCCUCCUCUCUCUCUCUCUCUCUCUCGCUGUUCCCAUCUUUAUUUCUAGAGACUGGUGUCUCAGCUGGAAACCAACCGAGAGACCAUCGGUGUAUUGUUCACACUUGGUCACAAAGCUGGAAGAUUUAAGGACUACAAUGGAAGAGAAUGUGUUCAGUGUACAACAGAUUCAGCCCAAUGUCAUCUCAGUAAAACUUUUCAAGCGGAAGGUUGGGGGCCUUGGGUUCCUGGUGAAGGAACGCAUUAACAAGCCACCAGUGAUCAUCUCUGAUUUAAUCCGAGGAGGAGCAGCCGAACAAAGUGGUCUAAUUCAAACUGGAGACAUUAUCCUAGCCGUCAAUGGGAGGCCCCUAGUGGAUAUGAACUAUGACACUGCUCUGGAGGUCCUGAGGAGCAUUGCUUCGGAGACAUACGUUGUCCUUAUCUUAAGGGGCCCCGAGGGUUUCACCACCCACCUGGAGACAACCUUCACCGGUGACGGGACACCCAAAACUGUCCGUGUGACCAGGCCCCUGUGUGUGACUCCAACUGUGGUCAGCCUACCAUCAGACCCAAGCCUCCAAGUCAAAGGCAAACAGGAAAGUCCUGACCACACAAUGGGUGGCUCCGUCAGUACUCGGUGCACCCGAGAGAAUGGACCAGGAGAUGAGACUUCAGUGCACGUCAACGGGGUGGUUGCCAACGCUGUUCCCGGAGACGCUCUGAAAGAAACCGGGGAGGUUUCUAAUCUCUGUGUUAAUGGCAGUGUCGAAAACAGUGAAUUGCUCAAAGAGAUCAAGCCAGUCCUGGACCUUCUGAAGAGCAACAAUGAGGAAGUCAAUGGAGAUCUGCAGCACAAGAUGGAAACAAAAGAUGUCGAAGUCCAGGUGGACGGCUCCCAGGAAGUAGACUCAAAGUCACCAAAGGCAUUGCCAGCUGGAAUGGAGAACGAGCGGGUUUUCAGUGACCUGUGGGAGAAAAGUGAGGCCCCCGCUGAAGGGAGCAACACUUCCUCCGAGAAGGACAAGGUGCCACCCUCGGGUCGGCAGUCGCCAACCAAGCCUUUGUUGAAUGGAAGCCCUUCCAAGUGCCCACGCUUUGCAAAAGUGAGGAACUGGGAGAGUGGCUCUGUACUCAGUGACACUCUGCAUCUGAAGAGUACCAUGGUGACACCUUGCAGUGAGCAGGUCUGCAUGGGCUCCAUUAUGAUUCCUUCCCAGCAUGUCCGGAGGCCAGAAGAAGUCAGGACUAAAGAUCAACUACUUCCACUGGCUAAAGAAUUCAUUGAUCAGUACUAUUCAUCCAUCAAGAGGUUUGGUUCCAAGGCCCACACAGAGAGACUGGAGGAAGUCACCAAGGAGAUUGAAGCUACUGACACUUACCAACUGCGAGAUACAGAACUGAUCUAUGGAGCUAAGCACGCCUGGCGUAAUGCUUCCCGCUGUGUGGGAAGGAUUCAGUGGUCCAAGCUUCAGGUGUUUGAUGCCCGCGACUGCACCACUGCCCAUGGGAUGUUCAAUUACAUUUGUAACCACAUAAAAUAUGCCACUAACAAAGGGAAUCUCAGGUCUGCCAUCACCAUAUUCCCCCAGAGGACAGAUGGCAAACAUGACUUCCGAGUCUGGAAUUCCCAACUCAUCCGCUACGCUGGUUACAAGCAACUGGAUGGCUCCAUCCUGGGAGACCCAGCUAAUGUGGAGCUGACUGAGAUCUGUAUACAGCAAGGGUGGAAAGCACCCAGGGGCCGCUUCGAUGUCCUACCGCUCCUUCUCCAGGCUAAUGGCCAAGAUCCAGAACUUUUUGAAAUCCCGCCUGAGCUAGUGCUGGAAGUACCCAUAAGGCACCCCAAGUUUGCCUGGUUUAAAGACCUGGGGCUUCAGUGGUAUGGCUUACCAGCUGUUUCCAACAUGCUGCUCGAAAUUGGAGGCUUGGAGUUCUCAGCCUGCCCCUUCAGCGGUUGGUACAUGGGCACCGAGAUUGGCGUCCGUGAUUACUGCGACAACUCUCGCUACAAUAUUCUAGAGGAAGUUGCCAAAAAGAUGGACUUGGAUAUGAGGAAGACCUCAUCGCUCUGGAAGGACCAGGCCCUGGUGGAGAUCAACAUUGCUGUCCUAUACAGCUUCCAGAAUGACAAGGUGACCAUUGUGGACCAUCACUCAGCCACUGAGUCCUUCAUUAAACACAUGGAGAAUGAAUACCGUUGCCGGGGAGGCUGCCCUGCCGAUUGGGUGUGGAUUGUUCCCCCAAUGUCUGGAAGUAUCACUCCAGUCUUUCACCAGGAAAUGCUCAACUACAGGCUCACGCCUUCCUUUGAGUACCAGCCUGACCCUUGGAACACCCAUAUCUGGAAAGGUCUCAAUGGCACCCCCACGAAGAAGAGAGCUAUCGGCUUUAAAAAGCUAGCCAAAGCAGUCAAGUUCUCAGCCAAGUUGAUGGGGCAGGCCAUGGCCAAGAGAGUCAAGGCCACAAUCCUGUAUGCCACAGAAACAGGGAAGUCCCAGGUCUAUGCAAAAACCCUGUGCGAAAUCUUCAAGCAUGCCUUUGACGCCAAGGUGAUGUCAAUGGAUGAGUAUGACAUUGUCCACCUAGAACAUGAAACCCUGGUGCUUGUAGUCACAAGCACCUUUGGCAACGGAGACCCCCCUGAGAAUGGCGAGAAAUUUGGCUGUGCUCUGAUGGAAAUGAAGAAUCCCAACUCCAACCUGGAAGAGAGCAGGAGCUACAAAGUGCGUUUCAACAGCGUCUCCUCAUAUUCAGAUGCUCGGAAAUCCUCAACCGAUGGGCCGGAAGACAGGGAUAACUUUGAGAGUACUGGCCCUUUGGCCAAUGUCAGAUUCUCCGUCUUUGGUCUGGGGUCACGGGCCUACCCCCACUUCUGCGCCUUUGCCCGUGCUGUGGACACCCUCUUAGAAGAGCUGGGAGGGGAGCGUAUCCUGAGGAUGGGUGAGGGAGAUGAGCUCUGUGGACAGGAGGAAUCCUUCAGGACAUGGGCCAAGAAGGUCUUCAAGGCAGCGUGCGAUGUCUUCUGUGUGGGCGACGAUGUCAACAUUGAGAUGGCCAACAAUUCUCUCAUCAGCAAUGACAGGAGCUGGAAGAGGAGCAAGUUCCGUCUGACCUACGUAGCUGAGGCUCCUGAAUUGACCCAAGGUCUGUACAGCAUUCAUAAAAAGCGAGUCUUUGCGGCCCGGCUUCUGAACCGUCAGAACCUACAAAGCCCAAAAUCCAGCCGCUCCACCAUCUUCUUGCGGCUCCACACCAACGGGCACAAGGAGCUGCAUUAUGAGCCUGGAGACCACUUGGGGGUCUUCCCAGGGAACCACGAAGACCUUGUCAAUGCCUUGAUCGAACGACUGGAAGAUGCACCACCAACCAAUCAGCUGGUGAAAGUGGAACUGUUGGAAGAAAGGAGCACAGCUUUAGGCGUCAUCAGCAAUUGGACAGAUGAGAACCGCAUCCCACCCUGUACCAUCUUCCAGGCAUUCAAAUAUUACCUGGAUAUCACCACCCCUCCCACACCAAUCCUGUUGCAACAGUUUGCCUUACUGGCCACCAAUGACAAGGAGAAGAAGCGCCUCCAAGUUCUUAGCAAGGGUCUGCAGGAGUAUGAAGAGUGGAAAUGGUCCAAGAACCCCACCAUGGUUGAAGUGCUGGAAGAGUUCCCCUCUGUGCAGAUGCCCUCCACCCUCCUGUUGACUCAGCUUCCAUUGCUUCAACCUCGCUAUUACUCCAUCAGCUCCUCUCCAGACAUGUAUCCUGAUGAGGUUCACCUCACCGUGGCCGUGGUCUCCUAUUGCACCAGAGAUGGGGAAGGGCCAAUACACCAUGGAGUUUGCUCUUCUUGGUUCAACCGGAUCCAGGAAGAUGAAAUAGUGCCAUGUUUUGUCAGAGGAGCUCCUGGAUUCCACAUGCCACAAGAUCCACAGGUCCCUUGCAUCCUGAUAGGUCCUGGGACAGGGAUUGCUCCUUUCCGGAGCUUUUGGCAGCAGAGACUCUUUGAUAUCAAAAACAAAGGACUGAAACCUUGCCCCAUGACACUGGUCUUUGGUUGCCGCCAGUCCAAGAUUGACCACAUUUACAAAGAGGACACUUUGCUGGCCAAAAGCAAAGAUGUCUUCAAGGACCUGUUCACGGCCUACUCCCGGGAGCCAGAUAAACCAAAGAAAUACGUGCAGGACAUCCUGCAGGAGCAGCUGGCAGGAUCUGUUUACAAGGCACUGAAGGAACAAGGCGGCCACAUCUAUGUCUGCGGUGAUGUCACCAUGGCCGGAGAUGUUCUCAAGACCAUCCAAAACAUUGUGAGGCAGCAAGGCAAGCUGGCAGCCGAAGAGGCCAGCACUUUCAUCAGCAAGCUAAGGGAUGACAACCGAUACCACGAGGAUAUAUUUGGAGUCACUUUGCGCACGUAUGAAGUGACUAACCGCCUCCGAUCCGAGUCGAUUGCGCACAUUGAGGAGAGCAAGAAAGACACAGAUGGGGACUCCAUGGCCCACGGCAAAAGCUCUUCUGUGUCUCGUCCUGUUGUUGUGUCCUGACGGAUAUGUGUUGGCCAGCGUGCAGACGGUGACCCAGGAGAUGGCAAUGAAGCCAAGGUUUCCGUUCCCCUCGCACACCUCUCCUUGCAUCCUGUGGCCGUUUUUUUUCUCUUUGUGUGCCCUUCUCUGGAGUUCCCCCGCUAAAGCGUGAUGGCUUUUCUCAACCUGCAGUGGCUCUUAUACACACAACACAGACAACUUUGUUCUGUCUCUUGUUAACAACAAGGACUUGUGGGGGGGUUGUUUUUUUGGAGGAUGCAUGAAAUGACUUCUUAGGAAUCAUCAUUUGUAUCUUUCAGUGUUCUGCAGGGGUGUGCGUGUAUGUGUGUGUGCAGGAUCAGAGGGUCAAGAAUAGCAGCAGAGAAAUGUGGGAUUGUUACAAUCUUUGGGCCAUAUUCCCACCCCACUAGCCUUCAUUGUCCACACUCUGGCAGGAGGAAGGUGGGGAGGCAGUGAUUGACUGCAGCCUUGUGAUCCUCUAUAACAUGCGACUGGUUGCUCUUGGACAGGUCACAGUGUUACCUUCAUCCGCAUGCUACGUUCUGUUUGCACUGUGUUUCUGUGAUUGCCUUGCCCCCUUCUCCUUUGCCUGUACCAGCUGAGUUCUCAACUCGCUGCAGUGUGUUUGUGCACAGUGGAUUCAGUGGGAGAGUGGGGCCAGAUCAGGGUGGGCAACUCUGACUGCUUCCCUCAUCUCAGAUUUUUCAGGCUAUAAGCCACAUAGUCUUUUGCCAUUGCCUGUGCUAGCUAGGGCUGGCUGAAGUUUCCACCUUCACUUCCCAAAGCAGCUGGAAGGCUGUGGUUGCUCGCCAUGCUUUCAGCUGUCCUGUGUGUUAUUUGACUUGCUUUGAAGUGCAGUAAGCCAGCUCAGUUGCAUAUACUCCCUUGCUCCACCUGUUCGAUCUUUUAUGACCCCACUGCUUGAACUCUGAUUUACAAAGGUAGACAGGUCUUAACCAACAGGCUACCAAGGAGCAACUGUCGACCAUGUCCUGCCUUCUAGAGUCAUGGUACGUCGGAGAUCAUUCUAGGGCUUCUGCUCUCUUACCGUCAUGGGAUGGGCAUGGGCAUAUUACCCUUUUCCUCAGCAAGACAAAAAUCAUUGUGCCAAAGAACCAUCGCACUCAAGACACGUUGUUGUUUGAGGUAAAGACACCUCAUUCUUCCCCAGUCAGGAUGCAUAGUACCCAGACUUGAUUGAGUUAGACUUCAGGCAAGAGUAAAAGUGUGGCCGUAAAUAAAUAAAACAAUUGAGUGCCUUUGCAUGACACCCCAAACCAACUCUCUCAGGCAGCCACCCCAUUGUUGUGUAAAGAUGAAACUGUCCCUCCAGCCAUGCAGCCACAUAGGCAAGGGGGAGAUGCAAUGCUGACCUUCUGGAUACCAUUGGAAGGCAGCCUCCACCAACGAGCUGUGGUGAAAGAUGAAGUAACUGGGCAACAGCAUUUGAAAGGCUAGCAAUUUCCACCCUCGACCUACAAAGUUUCUGUCUCACCAUGAAAGAAAUAGAUUCUGGAAGAGAGAAGGCAUUGCUAGGCCUGGUUCCAUAGGGAUUCGGCCCCACAUCUGUUUCCACAAACCUAAGGAUCUCAUCUGAAAGUCCUGUUUCUAGUGGUGCUGAGAUGGUUUUCCUAAAACCACUUCUUUUGGAGGAAUUGUCUUCUUGCCUGCAGCCAGAACAUAGGAUUUUCUUCAUUCUCCUUUUGGCCCAGACUUUUCAGGGCAGAGGUUUAUCAGCAUGUAUAUGCACCCAUAUAUGCCAUUCACUCUCUUUCUUAGCCACACACUUGCUUACUUACUUGAUGGUUGUCCGUGGUCACCUCAAGUGUGAGAAAAUGAGAUAGAUAUCACAAUGAUUCGUAAAAAUCCAAGGCAUCCCCAUCUUCCCCAGAACAUGAUAGAGCUUCCUUUUAAGGGAAACUCUGAGCUACCAUUUCAGCAAAUAACCAAAUGCUCAUAGUGGUAAAUCCAUUAAUAUGUCGACAAUAAAAUACUUUGGAGGCCUAACCUGCUGCCCAGUUUUCCUUUUGAAGAGUUUGGCAUCAAUAGCAACAAAAACAUGUCCUUUUCAGUUUAGGUAUUAGAGAUAUUUAAUGAAAGGGAGCAUCUUUUGAGGAUGGAGGCAAUGCUAUAUGGGGGCAUUAACUCUCUUAAGGCACUUAAGAAUCACAAAUGAAAGAUCUGCCAGACAGAGAUUGAAAAGGCAAGUGAACAGUCUCCUUGGAAUUUUAGACAUUAUAUACAUUCCUCGGAGGAAUUGCCUUUCCAGGUGGAUGCAUUGCUGCUGUCAGAUGAAUGACAAGCUCUGGCUGGGUUUGGUGGCUGCCCUUUGAUUCAGGCAGUAAUCCUAUGGAUGGUUUGUUAUUGAAAUCCUUUAGCAUAACCUAGGCCUGGUGAGAUCAGAAUAUAUUACAUUCCAGUUCAGUUCAAAUUCUACACAUUCCCAAAGUCCUGACGGUAUCCUGCUGGGAUUAUCAAAGAAUACAUGCAGCCGAUUGCCUGGCCA